AUGGUUAUACAUCAACUAUCGAUAUGUCGCGUUUCUCGUCAUCUCGUGUUGCCCUUGAGUCCAUCCAUAAUUACUGUUUUUUAAAGAAAUCCCAAUUAUCGACAUAAAAUUUUCUUGAAUAGAAGCUAUUUAAAUGUGGCAAGUGUUUUAAUGUGAUUUUUGUGGUUUGUGAUGUGGUAAACUGUGGAAACAGUGUAGCGUCACCUGACUGAGCUCAUUGUCAUUUCCCGCCAUUGUGGCUACUAAAAACUAAUUUCGAUUUUCUGCUAUUCUAGAACUAUUUAGAUGUGGAAUCAUUAAUUUGUGUUAUUUUGUGGCCGAGUUAUGUCAUUGCACGGUAAUGACGUUUGCUUAUUAGAAAUAGAAGAUUACAACUUAUACGAAGAAGAAGCAUCUGAUCACGCUAGUUCAAGAAGUGAAAGAAAUUCCUCUCCUGGAAGUAAAACUAUGGAGGCGGAGAAGAGAAUUCGACGGGAAAUUGCUAACAGCAACGAACGUAGACGAAUGCAAAGCAUCAAUGCAGGUUUUCAAGCGCUGCGUACUUUGCUACCACGCCACGAGGGUGAAAAACUUAGUAAAGCUGCCAUAUUACAACAAACUGCAGAAUAUAUUUAUUCCCUUGAGCAAGAAAAGACAAGACUUCUUUCACAAAACUGUCAGUUGAAGAGAUUACUGAAUCAACAUGAAGGAGGUGAAAUACCAAUAAAAAAGAGAAAAAAUGAAGUUACUCCUCUUGUUCCAUCUAUAAUUCCAGAUUCAACUGAUGAUAGUCUUACAACAUCUAGGUCGCCAGAACCAGUUGCCGUGAUAACGGUUUCAAGUUUGUCUCAGAAGAAAGAACCAGAAGCUGGGGAAUUACGAGUGCAACUUGAACGUGAAAGACGAUUACGUCGUUUGCUGGAGGAAAGAUUGCACACUUUGGAGACACAGGUUUACACUGAAUCUGGGAGAGAGAUUCCUCAGCCAGUGAUGCAUUAUGAAGAAACUGAUAUCACAGAGUGUAAGGUGGAGAAAGAAGAAAGUGAACCAAAGUCAAUAGAAACACCAGUGGCAGCCCCUUUAUUAGAAGCUGCAAUAAAAGCUGAGCCAAGGGUCGAAGUAGAAGUCCUACCGGAUGCUAACCAUGAUGCUCCAUCACGCUUGUAUCUUGCUAGCACAAGUCGUCAAAACUUAGAAACUAUUGUAGAAGCUAUUCGUCAUUUAGAGGGCGAUCAUUUAUUCAGAGAGGAAACAGGUGAUGCUCCUCUAGCUUUGACUAAAAAAGUAGACCGUACACCUCCGCAGAGACCUGGAGUCAUUGUAGUGAAGCAUUCGUGAUUAAAUUGAACUAGUCUCGGACUUUCAGCUCAUUUAAAGGCUUCUGUUGAAAGAUCCCUCCCGACCCUCCUCGAAUAUAGUUUUGUAAUUUUAGUUGUAUAGUUGUCUUUCCAAAGUGACAAAUUGAUAAGUCUGCGUUUUGUUUACUUUAACAUAUUGAGGUUAAGUUAAAUAAAAUAUUAAUGUUAGAUGCAUGAAUUGUGACAUAAGUCUAUUGGCGCUGUGCUUAGUUUAGUCUCAAAAUAUUAUUCUGAUGAAUGAUUAUUAAUUUACUCAGGCUUAUAUUGAAUAGGUAAUUGGACAGUAGGAUAACUCUGUUGAGUUGAAUUAUUGAAAGGGGUUAUAUGGCAAUUGACAAUACCUUUCAGAGGUAAUAUUUAAAAAUUGAUUUGAAUUGUAAAUAUUAUUUAAAUUUAUCAAAUGUAUCUUUACUAGUUUGACUUUUGGAGUAGCAAUAAUUUUUUUAUUGUCAUUCUGUUUGCAACGAACAUCAGAUAUUUUAUAAAUCAAUAUUAAAAUUGUUACAAGUAUGUGAUGUCACCAGAUUAGAGAGAAAAGCAAUAUAAAUUGGAAGCUAAGAGAUUGUUAGAAUAAAACAGCAAUAAUAAUUGGUUA